AUGUGCGGAAAUAUGGCGAGUAACCGGCCCGUAAAAGGCUCGGCUGGCAAUGGGGGCCAUGGAUUUCUACCCCCAUUGAAUAAAUUACCCCCCACCUCCUCCUCCGAUGAUCGACUGUCGCUGUCCGGUGACGGAGGUGCUGAAAUCAGAGCUCUCGCGCACCUCCUCCUCCACCACCAGCCCCCUUCUUCUUCUUCUUCUUCUUCUUCUCCUCCUCCUCCCUACCUCCCUCCCUCCCUCAAUCUCACUAUCACCGCCGACCGACACUUGCAGCCAUUUUACGCAGGAGCGAGCCCGGCCGUGUCGCGAGGCAGUCACCUGGGCAGAGCCGAGGCAGCCGCCCGCGCGUGCCGGCGCUCGCGGACCGGGUCCAGGUGA